AUGCAUUCUACGUUUCUUACUGUACUGUUUUUGUUGCCACUAAUUAACAGAAUUGGAAGCGUUCUUUCUGUCUACCAACUCCGGUGUGUGAAUGGCUUCUCCUGUGAUGGCAGUCGAUGUAUCGAUCUUCUUCGUCAGUGUGACGGAACGUUUGAUUGUUCUGACAGAACUGAUGAAUCAAACUGCGCUCCUUGUCCACCAGAACACAUCAAAUGCACUGAUGGUCUUUGUAUUGCCAGAUCAAGGCUUUGUAACGGUGCAGUUGAUUGUUCGCUCGGGGAAGAUGAAGAUCCCACCCUUUGCUUGAUAGAAAAGUGCCCUGGGAAGUUUCUCUGUAGGGUUACAAUGGAUCAGUGUGUAGCGCAGCCUUGUUCUAACCUUACACUCUGUGAAGACCAUUCUGAUCAAGCAGAGGAGGUCUGCGAAAUGGCUCGGACGGUUAAAACCCAUCCUAUUCGUUGCUCGGGUGCCGAGUUUCGCUGUCGUGAUGGACAGCAAUGUAUACAUGAAAUGUAUCUAUGUGACUCUCAUCAAGAUUGUCAAGAUGGUUCUGACGAAUAUGGUUGCCCCGGGAACAAACAACAUAAUCACUUGCCUCUGGCAUCCCGCAAAGGUCAAGAUGACUUCAUUUGCCAAGGUGGAUCACCAAUCCCAAAGGACUGGGUUUGUGACCACAAAGCCGAUUGUCCCAUGGGUGAAGAUGAGCUCAUUGGACCGUCGACCGCUUCGAACUGCCUUCCCUACUCCGGGACAUCAACUGAAUCAGGCGGUGCGUUGGCCGCUUGUCCUGAGUUUACGGUUCCGUGCAAUCCCGUAUCGACGAUGAUCCCACGUCAGUGUAUUUCAGUGGACAAGUUGUGUGAUGGGGUGUAUGAUUGUCCAGAUUUCAUGGACGAAUUAGUGAACUGCGUGGACUCAUGCGACAACCAAACCCAAUUCCCCUGUCGCCGCCGUCCGCCGAAUUCGAAUCCGAUGUGCAUCCCAAAAGAAGCCGUUUGCGAUGGAAAACCCGAUUGCCCCAUGGGAGAUGAUGAAUUGGAAGGCCCAAGGUCCGGAUGCACCAUCCCAAAUUGCGCUGUGCAAAAUGGCCACUGCAGCCAAGUUUGCAACCCCACACCGAGUGGCGUAGUGUGCAGUUGUUUUCCAGGCUACAUUAAGCCUCCCGGAGAACCGCGUUCUUGUAUCGCCAUCGGAGACCUAGCGGUACUGUAUGUGGAGAACGGUCAGCUGUUUCAAAGGAGCAUCGGAAGCGAAUCGGCGAUGCUAUUUCGUUUGCACAUACAACACAUCGAAUCCCAACAUUCUACCUCCUUUCCAUUGAAUCGUCGAUCUUUGGUCCAGUCGAACCUCAGCUCGCCGACCUCCUUGGCACUGGAUUUCAUCCGGAAUGAAUUAUUUUGGACAGACGGCGAACGAGGCUCGGUGGAAGCUUACCAUCUGCGUACCAGACACCGACGCACUGUACUCCAGUCAGACUCCUUGCAUCCAGUUGGUAUUGCUGUGUUCGAGGACUGGGUCUAUUGGACAGACCGUAAACAGAAUCGCUUCAUGAGAGCCAACAAAUUUAACGGAAGGUAUGCUGAGCCUAUGUUCAACAUCUCCAGUCCCUAUAUUUUUCGCCUUCAACAUGACUUGCUGCGACCGCCCUUGACUGAUCGUUGUCGGGGACACAUGUGUGAACAGCUGUGCAUACCGGUUCCACUGCGGUCUUACCCGGCCUACUCUCUGCCAUACGAAUGUGCCUGUGCAGACGGUUGGGAGGUCAAUCGUACGGAUCCACAUCGAUGUGUCGGGAAUAACACCGAGGAGAGCUUCACCUCCUGGAGCAAAAUUUUCCGUCAUAUCAACCUUGAAUCACUCUUCUCAAACGUCACUGUUCCGCCGAUUGAGCGAACUGGAAUUUCCAAACUCUCCACCUUACUCAUUGUGUUAGUUGGUGCAUGCUUGGUAAGCAUCGUCGCUGCACGCAUUGGGCGUUAUGUGUACUGCAAAACCGUGCAUCGAAAAAGUGUGAAACUUGCACUUAUUCCAAGCCCCCAUGUCAAUCGGGGACGACGUAAAGUAAACCCUACGGUAUCUGCACCCGAUGAAGGCGACACUAGACGACCGAUGGUCUAG